AGUUACCUUAAUUCCUUUGUUUUGAAAAUUUCAUAACAAGUGUCGAGUUGCCUUUAAAGCUCAUCAGCUUACAAUAAUGAACCUUUCAUCGGCAAUCAUGUUAAUUUUACUGAUUCUACCGCUGAUCACCUUGUGUAAUGGCACCAGUAACAAGAGCAGCAAACCAGUCGACAUCAGACCUGCCUCACAAUGCUGUUGCGGACAAUCAGGGACAAAUGGUAUCCCUGGGAUGCAUGGUAUGGCAGGACCUCCUGGGGCACCUGGCCGUGAUGGACGUGACGGAACCAAAGGAAAAUCGGGCAGUCCUGGAAACUCUGGGCCCCAAGGACCUCCUGGCCCUCAAGGAAGUAAAGGUUCAAAAGGAAAGCCUGGUGUCCAAGGCCCUAAAGGCCAAAAAGGACAGCGAGGAGAGAAAGGCGAGAGUGGAAAUCCAGGGGCGACUCAGCUUUCCUCACAUAUGAACUGGAAAGAAUGUACAUGGAAGAGAGGCGACGGCAAAGACUCGGGAGUAAUCCAAAACUGCGAGUUCAUGAAGAACUUCACAGACACUUCCCUCCAUGUCUCCCCCCCUGGUAGCCUCAGGAUUAAUGGAUGUGACGGUUGCUGUAGCCGUUGGUAUUUCACCCCCCCCGGCGCCGAGUGCAGCUCUCCUGGCCCGAUUGAAGGCGCGUUCUUCAUGCGAACCCCCCCCCACCACGAUCUUCAUCGCCACCGCCAUAUUGAAGGUCACUGUAGCAACAUUCACACCCCCCCGGUGCAAGUGGGAUUCUGGGUUGGAAAGUGUGUCUCUGUCCAAAAGAAUGCUGACCCCCCCACCGGCUGGCAUUCAAUGUCCCGGAUCUUCAUCGAAGAGGUGCCAAAGGCUCAGCCCCCCCCACGUCACACGUGA